AUGAGAAUCCCAGUUGCCUUGAUCAUCAGCGCUUUCAUUGGUGCUACACAAGCCUUUGUCCAGUCUCCUAACUACCAGUUCAACGUCUCCUUGCCUGUAUCCGACAACCCAUACGUCGCAGGCCAGACCCUGCCUCUUGUUUAUGAUGUUGCAUCCAACACAACAUCCGAUAACCUCCAGCUGUCUGUAAUAGUCGUUAGUGCAAACAAUGCUACCAACAGUGUAGUUGCCCUUGCAAAUGCCAAUAUCGGUCAGGGUUCCAGCUAUAAGAAAACAAUUGGUGGUGCUGAUGUCUAUGAACACCAGGAGAACUACGCUAUUCCUCUCAACACCACCCCAGGAAACUACCUCGUCGUCUACUUUGACAACAUCUCUCAGACCAACGCCACUGUCGCCAUUGUUAUUAACGCUCCUCCAGUGUCAAGCUCUGCUGCUGCUCCUGCCGCCUCAAGUGCAGCUGGCGCAAAGGGCGCAUCGACUGGCACAAGUGCUACCACCAACUCCAUCUUCAGCGCUGGUACCGCUACUUUCAAAUGGACACCAGCCUUAAUUAUUCUCUGCAUUGCACCUCAUUUGCUCAACUUUUAA